CGUCCUGUGUGUCAGCUGUGUUUUUAACGCGCUACAUUGAGGAGAGUUUGUUCUGAAGGCAUCUCUUUCUUGUUUGAUUAUAAAAAUGUUUUUUUAAACUCCUGAUAUUUAUCGUUCGUUUGUGAAAAAGCACAGAGUUGCGGGCGCGGACUGUCGACUGCUCGUUGCAGGUUCAGCGGAUUAACAUUAGAUAAGCUAGCUAACAGUAAUACUGUCAGUGAAAAGUUAAAGUCGAAGGUGUCCAGGUGUCCAGGUGUCCAGCGCUGCACACAGUUUAUACUUUGGAAACUUACAGAAAUGUACGUUAAGGACUUGUUCGUGUCUGCUCCUGGGAAGGCGAUUCUCCACGGAGAGCACGCAGUUGUUCACGGAAAGGUGGCUCUCGCUGUGAGUUUGAACCUGAGGACAUAUUUGCGGCUGAAGGCCACCACUUCUGGCAAAGUUUGCAUCAACCUCCCCAAUAUUGACACAUUCUUCAGCUGCGAGCUGUCUGAUCUCAAACAGCUUGUCCCUUCUUCCUGUGGUAAGAGGGACGAGGUGCAACGUCUGGAUGCUGAACUUGUGAGGAAACUGCGUGAAUUUGUUGGUGCAACCAAUGGAAACUUGGAUCCUUCCAAAAUGGCCCUCAUAGCCUUCUUUUACAUCUACGUCUCGCUGUUCGGGUCAAGUGAGCUGCCCAGCCUGACGCUGUCUGUGUGGUCGGAGCUGCCGACUGGCGCCGGACUGGGCUCGAGUGCGGCCUUCUCGGUGUCUGUAGCUGCAGCUCUGCUCUGUGCAAGCGGAGCAAUCCCAUGUCCUCUCAAAGAGUGGGAUCACACCGCCAGAUGGUGUCAGGAGGACUUGGAGCUGAUCAACAGUUGGGCUUUCCAGGGGGAGACGAUCAUCCAUGGCAAUCCUUCAGGAGUAGACAACGCUGUAGGAACAUGGGGGGGCAUGCUGAGAUUCUUGGCCGGAAAGAUAAUACCGCUAAGCAGGGUGCCGUUAUUAAGAAUCCUCCUCACUAACACCAAAGUACCACGUAGCACCAAGGUACUUGUUGCCGGGGUGAAGGACAAAAUUAACAAGUUUCCCUCCAUCGUGACCCCUGUGCUUGACUCGGUCGAUGCCAUUUCCUGCACUUGUGAGAAAGUCCUCUCAGACAUGACCUGUGAACCCAUCACUGGAGAGCACUACAAUAUCCUAGAGGAGCUCAUUGACAUCAACCAGCACCACCUGAAUGUGAUGGGUGUGGGGCACCCUGCCCUGGACACGCUGUGCCGCGUCACAUUGGCCAGAGGGCUCCACAGCAAGCUAACAGGCGCAGGAGGAGGAGGCUGCGGCAUCACACUUCUGAGACCAGAAACAGACUCCUCGGUUGUCCAGAGUACAGCGCAGGACUUGAGAGACUGCGGCUUUGACUGCUGGGAAACGAGUAUUGGUGGACCAGGUGUCCAGCAGCACUCUACCGUCUCUGUUAAAGAGGAAAUUCUGGAGAUUUUAAAUCGAUACUGAGACCCGUGGAUGAACGAGAGAACACCUCAAGACCUGAUCAUUCUGAACUAAUAAAGUGUCCUAAAUGGAAUAUUUCAGACUGAGUGGAGAAGGACAGAACAUCCUUGGUUGCUAAUCAAGAUAUUCCAGACUGAAAAAUGCUUGAAAUUAACCAUAGCAGCUCUUUUGUGUGUUUUUGGUUUAAUUUAUCUUCUUAACAUCUGAGUUUAAAUGAACUAUGGGAGAAAUUGCCUGUGCGCUGAGAUCUUUGGCCACUAGGUGGCAUCAUAAUUGCACAAAUGGCACUCAUAAAACGGUUUAAGGUAAGAGGCUCUGAUAAAGUUGAUUAAUGUGGAAAAGAAGCUCUGGCUUAAUUAAGUUGUGUCUUCCUCUAAAUGUUUACAGCAGCAGGUUCUACCUUUUUUAAUCCAGUGGACGGUCAGUACUCCUGGUGUGGUAACAUGCAACGUUAGAUAACAGCAAGAAUGCGAGCGACCGUUCUCCAGGAGUGUUUUUAAAGGCAGUCAGAAAAUCAUAACGCCUUAAAUGUAUUCAGAGAACGAUUCACAUGUAAUGUCAACCCUUGACUGUGGUGAAUUAUAAUUGUCAAGACUGAUGCAUGUCGCUGCACAUGAAGCACGAAGGAAGGAAUCUAAAAUGAUUCUGAAAACAAAGAGACGUCUUAAAAUUCUAAUAGCUUUGCGCUGUAUUUAUUUCUGCUUUUAAAGACUAACCGGCUGUGUUGUUUUGCUCACAGAGAAUGGGGAAAGAGGGGGAGCAGCAGUGUGUGGCCUCUCUGGAGCACUGGAUUAGCGCCACAAUAAUAUGAAUCAACAGCGAGCGGUGUCCUUCUGAGUCACACGUUUGCGGAGAGGGAGGCGCACACGUGCACACUCUAACACACACUAACACACCAGCUUUCCCCUAAAUUCUUCUCCACCUAAUCGCUCAUCCUCCUAAGCAUUACAAAAAAAAAAUAUUCUGCAAAUGCCGCAGAUACAGAAGACGGAUCUGUUCAGAAUAUCCCUGAUUUGGAGAAAAGGUCAUUGUGGGAUUCAGCUGAGUUUGAAUAUCCAUUUCAUUUUCUAUUUUUUAAAUGUCAGGAAGAUUGAGUAGUACAAAUCUGGCAGUGUACGCGAAUAAACGACAUUUGUCACCCC